GCCUGACUCGCACGAUGUCGACCCUUGCUAUCCAAGCUCGCACGACCUCGCCUCUGCGCAAGGGCCUGAUCAACUUUCCGGGUGCGACGCCGCAUGCAGCGACGCUCACUCAGCAGUUACUGCAGAAGGAUUUCGAAACCCAUCACUGCUUCUUCAACAACAAAAGCUUCCAUAACCACCUUUCGCACCACCUUCUGUCCGUUUACGACCUGGGUGGCUCAGCCCACCUUAUACAGGCCAUUUACGACGAGGAGGCCUCAUACCAGCGCCCUAUCACUUUGGGAAAGAGCGAGGACAAGGUUCCGGAAAUUACGGAAGAAAACUGGACCUCUCAUCUAGGCAAGGAAAUUGCGUACCUCGGCUACCUUCGGUUCUUUAGCGACCAUAUCGCCGAGCAUGGUGCACAAGCAACAAUCGAGCGCUUUUUAUUCUCGCCCGAGGCAAACGGGAACGGCAGCAUCAUGCUAGCCCGAUUAGCGAGCGGAGUACUUCACCCUUGGAUUCAGUUAGGCUUCGGUGUGGAGUUCAAGCAGGACUUCCUUGUCGCUACGGGACUGUCUCUGACAGCCAUGACAAAGCCUUCGUACGGCGAUAUCCUAGCCGAUACGCCCUCAGGCGACCCAAGCGUGACGCAUACCGACAAGAAAUCGUCGACGUUGCACGAGCUCUUCCAAGACAUCUACGAGUCGGACACCCUCGAUCCCGGACCCUACGACGCGAAUGCCAUGUUUGGUGACCGUGUACAGCGGUUCCUCUCUAAUUCGGCAGCACGUCACAAAGUCCUCGAUAUAUCCGGCCGCUGGACGUUCCCUCCUGCGGACGAUGCUGCCGCCUUCGACGUCGCGCUGCAGCAGAAGCUCAAGGAGGCCAUCGUCCAGGCGACGCUCCUGCUGGGCGCCACCGGUCUCCGAAACGACGACCGCCGCCUCCCGCCCCGCCAGGACUUCUUCCUCAUGCACUUACUCACAAGCUCGCUCUUCAUGAAGCCGCUUCUUGAAGUCGCGCGCAAGCCCGUCUAUCAAGCGCGCCUGCUCCAGGUCUACCUACGCACCGCCAUCAUGACCACGCUCGCCCGCGGCCGCCCCCGCCCGGACGUGGACGCGCUCUACAAGCACCCCGUCGCCCUCGGCGACGAGGCGCACGACGUGAUCGACACGCCCGACGCCAACGGGAAGGAGAUCCGCGGCCGCCCCGCGCGCCCCGUGAACGCCUGGCCGCCCAUCGUCGACAGCGCGUGCCACCACUCGGAGUCGCACGUCUCGAAGACGGUGCGCUCGCUGUACUUUGCGUCGAAGAUGUAUGAGACGGAGGGGAAUUUGGGGGUCGUGCCGGGCGUGGAUGGGACGGUGUUUGUGCGCGCGGCGACGGUGUUGAUUGACGCGCUGGGGUGGAUCAGUAAGGGAGAGAAGGAGCGGGGAUGGGACUUUGAGCCGGUGGGGUGGGGAUUAGCCUGGGCGGACUAGUGCGUCGUGGUCAAUGGAGCAAGAAUGUACAAUAGUGAGUGCUGAAUGACACAGCUCCCUGCUCGCCUUCGAUGCGCCUUCAGUCGCGUAAUGUCUCGUUCUACAGGUCACAUUUCAACCUCGCGAUUGCAAGACA